AUCUCAAUCCCGGAUCCCUGACUUCCCUCCACGGAUCCACAUCAAUGUCUGACAGAGGAGUGAAAGUUCCCGAGGAGGAGGCUGCAGCUACCGGGGAGAACCGAGCUGUGUCCCGGCUCCUGGACUGAGGAAGAGGCCGAAAGAAGAAGAAGAGGAAGAAGAGGAGAACAAUCAUGUGGCUGUGCCUCGGUGGUGACUCCCCCCCUCCUCCUCCUCCUCCUCUGCCACAUAACUGCUGCUGAAGGCGAUGCAGGCGUUCACCGGUUCACUCCGGUGACUCAACUCCAGUGUUUACUCCGGGAACCAGCAGCUAGCAGCUAGCAGAGGGGGAGGCUAGCGACACCAGCACCCAGCACAAGUUGAGGUCAUCGCAGAAGGACAAGGUUCGGCAGUUCAUGUCUUUCUCACAGGCUGGGGAGAGGACAGCCGUGUACUGCCUGACGCAGAAUGACUGGAAACUAGAAGUCGCCACAGACAACUACUUCCAAAACCCAGACCUCUACUACAAAGAAUCCAUGAAAACCCUGGUGGACCGCAAGAGGCUGGAGCAGCUGUACACCCGAUAUAAAGACCCCCAGGAUGACGAUAAGAUCGGCAUUGAUGGGAUCCAGCAGUUCUGCGACGACCUGAUCCUGGACCCAGCUAGCAUGAGCAUACUUGUGGUGGCGUGGAAGUUCCGGGCGGCCACGCAGUGCGAGUUCAGCAGGAAAGAGUUUGUGGACGGCAUGUCGGAGCUAGGCUGUGACAGUCCUGAAAAGCUCAAGACUAUCCUUCCCAGACUGGAGCAGGAGCUGAAAGACACAGCAAAGUUCCGAGACUUCUACCAGUUUACCUUCAGCUUUGCCAAGAACCCCGGCCAGAAAGGUUUAGACCUGGAGAUGGCUGUGGCUUAUUGGAAUCUAGUUCUCACAGAUCGCUUUAAGUUCUUGGAUCUCUGGAACCGGUUCCUGGUGGAGCAUCACAAGCGGUCGAUACCCAAGGACACAUGGAACCUCCUCCUGGACUUUGGCAAUAUGAUUGCAGACGACAUGUCAAACUAUGACGAGGAAGGGGCAUGGCCUGUCCUCAUAGAUGACUUUGUGGAGUUUGCCCGGCCGAUCGUGACGGGGAUUAAACGCAGCUUCACAUAAUGUUUGUCCCGGCUUCAUGCAGCGGAUGGACUUUGUGUUUCUUCCAGUUUCUCUUUUUCUUUGACUGAGAAUUUUUAUACAAAUGAGCCAAAAAGACACUUAAACUUCUCAAUAAGCUCGUCCGUGGCUUGUUGUUGAGAUUGUUCUUCCAAACUGCAGAUGAUGCCUUGGGUGAGGAGUGACCUGGCAAGGAGGGAAAUCAACAUGAGAUGAAUGCUGACAGGGACAGACUGUAUUUGCAAUAUGCAUAUGAUGGGUACCAAAAAACUCGACACUCAAGGGUAAAUCACAGAUGGGUGCAGCUUUGAACUGCUGCUGUGGACAUGGCUCACUUACCUCCACCCUCGGCACAGUGAGGAGGGGCAGUCAAAGUGAGCGUCCAGCACAUGCAGGGGAUUCAGUGGAAGAUGCAGUAGCAGGACGUUGCUUCUCACUUUGUAAAUUUCGAAUGGAACGGUUUGUUUUAAAUCUGCAUGUUUUUGUCGGCUCGUGUGAAGCUGUGCCGUGGACGCUAAGGAGAGAGAAAGUAAUCUACAUUAUUUUGACGGAGAUUGUGAAUGUGUAGAUCUCUAACAAUCACAUUGCGAGUAGAGAAAGUGUGUGUGUGACGGGUGUGUGUGUGUGUGUGUGUGUUUGGGGCAGGGAGUUAAACAGAUUGCCUCUUUUACAAUACAAUGCGAAAUAUUUUUGAUUUGUUUUAAUUAAUAUAAGAGUUAAAGUGAUGGUGAAAAGGUUCAGAGACACGUUUUGUACUCAGACGGAGGAUUGGAUGGAGCAGCAUGCUUUUUGAGCUCAGCACCAGCAGACUUGUUACAGUUGUAACACACCGUUCUCACUGAAAUAAGAAUAGAACAAAAAUGUGUAUCUGUGAAAACAGGUCAUGACGUUUAUAAUCUUUGGAACAUGAGAAGCAUUUAGAUUAAGAUCCUACAUUUUUUUAAAUGCUGUUACAUUUGUUAGUGUUGGUUUCCUUUAGUUUUGCAGUGUGUAAACUGCUGUACACAAACAUAAACUGACUGGCACAUUGACUGUUUUAUUCUAUUACUACAAUCCAGGUAAUAAGGACUUUGCCAACUCUGCAAACUGCACUGAUUUACACUUUUUCUGUUGUUUUAGGAUUUAAGUUUUUAAUGAGUUUACACGACAGUAGGUUUCAUUUACACUUUAGACUUUUUGAAAUCAAAAUCCACAUCCAAGAUAAGUUUGUUUACACAGCUUUAAGGUUUUAGUCUUUAUUAGCAAUUGUAGGGCAGAAGUGGUAUGUUAAAUCUCCAUAGAGCUAAUGCAGAGACGAACAGAGUUUAUAAAGCUGGACAGGGCAUCUCCACUUCCACCCUGUGUAUAAUCAUGAAGUCAGAAUAUCCAGGAUGCAAACCAUCUUGUUGGAGCCAGUCUGCGUUAUAGGGAUCGUGGUUUAGAGCUGUCAAUCAUGGCAUUUCACCCCAUUUUGAUAUGACUUUAACUUUUGUAGUUUGGUCCAUUUCCCAUCCACUCACAUGGAAGAGGCUGGGUUUAGGACCUAUACUGCAACCAGCCACCAGGAGGUGUUCGAGACACGUUGGCUUCACUUUUGGCAGCACUCAUUUCGUCCAUCUAUAUAUAUAUGAGAAAAACAUGCCACUUUAAGAACACUGCUUGUUCUGCCAUCAAUGGGCUAUAGCUAGAUAGGGGUCACAUGAUUUGACCUUGUUACCCUUAGCGCUUAGUACAGCAAUGCUUCUCCCAUUUCAGUGUCAUUAUAAACACUAAACAAGUGUGUGUGUUAAUUCCAUCCAUUCUCCGAGAUUCAGAGUGUUACAGAAGGUAAAGAGCUCAGGUACCAGUCGGCUCACAGCAGGCAGCCUCCUGUACUAACACAAUUAUGAACCCUACCUAAGCUUUCUGUUCUAACUGGCGACGAGCCAAGUGUUGUCAUCAUGAUCAAACCUUUGCCAUGUGAGAUAUAGGUGGAUGAGUUCCCUCUCAACAGCCAACUGCAGGGGGAGAUUAUUACUUUUCAAUUCUCAUUAUUAUGCAGACAUGAGUCCCUGAUAAACCACAGUGGUGAUCAUGAAUGUAGCCUUCAUGAAAUUGAGUGAAAUCUGGAUAGAAGUUAAUUAUGAUUUCUGUCCCAGAUUGAAUGUCAUCUUCACAAUGACGGCAGAAAAGACUUCAGUGUUGCUUCAGUGAGAUAUAUAAUCUGUCAGUUCUGUUGAAAUGUGUGUAAACCGAUCACAGUCAGGACGACAGUGAUGUGGUGUGAGAGCUAAGAAAGAAAAUGUGACAUCUUUCAGUAUUCAGUGCUAAUAUGGUACAUUACCGACGAGUCUACUUGUCAAAUAUGUGAUCAACUGUUUUUAGUCAUGCAAAUCAUUCUCAUCAGAACAGUGUUAUAUUUACCAGCAAGGAAACUGGUAGGUCCUAUUGACAGAAUAUUAUGUUUUGUCACAGAAACGUACCUUUCAUUGUUUUCUUUCAGAAAGUUGUCAAUAAAGCAUGUUGUUUUUAAAA